AUGAAACUAAAAGAAGAUAAUCCCACCACAAAAUCUGCAACGAUUGACAAUACUCAAAGUGCAACAAACGGUAGUUCUACAGACCCACAAGAAAAGCAUAAAUAUAAGAAAGAAAAGCAUAUAACUCACAGGCAUAGUAGAAAUAAGAGCACCAAAAUAAGGAAACCUCCGCGGUUAAUUAUUAAAGCAAAUGUUAUAAAAGGAAUUAACAUUACAAUUAAUAACUCGGGUUGUAAUCCAAUGUGCUGCUUAUUUUACAAUGGGAAAGUCCUUACUACGAGCACCUUUAAAAACACUUCCGAUCCCAUUUGGGAUACUCAAUUCAAAAUUAAACUACCCGUUCUGCCAGAGAGCGAUACUUUGAGAUUUCUGAUUUUUGAUAAAUUAAGUUCAAACAAUAGUGCCACCACUACUAGCAUUACUAAUAAUUAUAAUAAUAAAAAUAACAACAAUAAUGGUGCCGUUGAUGGAGAUACCGCCAAUAGUAAUAUUGGAAGUAAUCUUGUUCCACCCAAUGUAAAUGGCACAAGGAGACAUAGAACAAACAGCACAGCAAGUCUAAACAGUAUUUCUUCCAAUUCUAGAUCACCUUUUAAUCCAUAUACGCAUAACAACAGCAAUAAUUCUUUGGAUUAUUAUCAUCACCAUUUAAAAACCAACAAUAAUGGUCAUGCUGCUAAAUUUGACAGCGAGUUAAAUUCAAUAUAUAAAAAUAGAAAUUUAAUUUUAUUAGGAGAAGUAAAAAUAUCUAUAAGACAAUUAUUUGAAAAUGUAAAGUCUGCUGACAAUAAAAAACAUAUUUUUUCCAGGAGGAAAGCAAUGGUUGAUCCAAAAUUUUACAAUUUAUUAAUUCAUUACAGAGUGCCUGAGCUUAUUAACCUCAAUACGUGUGAUAUUAAUAAUCCUAGUGUCCCUACCUCAACCUUUGUUACCAAGAGUGUUGAAACUGGUGGGAAAUUGGCCUUAUCCUUUCAAUUAAGUUCAUCUGAUAAAUCUCAAGACUUGGGUUCCCUGUUUGAAAAUUGGAAAAAUUCAUUGACAGAUUCCUUAAAACAACAGAAUGACUUCAAGAGGCAAACCUUAUUGUUAAAUUUAGAGUCACGUGAUGAUCACCUUUUAACUUCAGAUUCAAAUAAUAAAGAAACUACAUUUGCUGCUAUUAACGGUGAAUAUGAUGAUGAUUUGAGAAGGGAUGCUUCAUUUUAUGAUGAUGCUCCGUCGUUGAUAUCUAUAUCUUCUUCUGUAUCUGCUGUGUUGUCUAACGCGUCGUCCUUGGCUCCCGUCCAAGAUAUUCUCCUGAAAAACAACAACAACAAGAAUUAUUCUAAUAAGGAUAAUGACAACGAUAAUUCAUCUGAUUGUGGUGUUACCACAGAUGUUAUUGAAAACCUUUCUGAUUUUAAGCAGUUUGUUGUAUCUUCGAAUAACGAAAGAUUAAAUCGAGUCGAAGCGUCGAAUUAUUCAAGCGCUACUGAUGAUUUUUUGUCUGAUCAAACGAUGGAAGAAAAUGUUAACAACCAUAACACUAAUGCUAAUAAUAAUAAUAAUAAUAAUAAUAAUGUGUUGUUAAAGGAAAGAUCUUUAACGGACAUAGUUUUAGGUUUGAAUGAAUAUCAAAUGGAUACACCCACAGCACCUAAUUUACUUUCCAAAAAUAGCUCUUCCUUUACUACAAAUAGUAAAGUUGAAAAUAAUGCCGCUUUACCGUCGUUACAUUUAACAAUGUCUGAUACAGGAAAUAACCAAGGUGCAGUGGCUGAAAGUACCAUUUCUAAUAAUAUCAUAAAGAAAAUUUCAUCGUUAUAUUCUUUGGAUCAAGGCUAUAUAGAGGAAAAUGAAUCCGAAGAAGAAAAAGAAGAGUAUGUAGAAGACGAUGAGGCAUCUGCUAAUAAUAAUCCUAUUCUAACGAAAAGAUCUAAAAGAAGAAAGCAUAUAAGAACUACGUAUAAUCAAUGGAAUAUUUCUAAAAAAAAUCAUGCAUUGGGUGUUGUCCUUUUGGAUGUCGUUCAAAUCACUGGAUUACCCUCAUUGCAAAAUAUGAAAAAAAUUAAAUUUAAAAAAACUUAUACGAUGGACCCCUUUGUUAUUGUUACUUUCGGUAGAAGAGUCUUCAAGACCUCGUGGAAAAGACACUCUUUGAAUCCUGUCUUCAAUGAACGAAUAGUUUUUGAAAUGUACCCUGAAGAAAAAAAUUUUAAAUUUCAUUUUAAUGUUGUAGAUAAGGAUUCUUUUUCUUCGCACGAUAAAAUUGCACAAGGUGAUAUAUUAUGGGAAGAUUUGAAUUCAAAGAACAAAAAUAUUGAAAUCCCUUUAAUAUUAGAGGAUAGCUGUGUUUUAGCACCUGGUAAAAAUUCAGUGAAUGAGGUACCUAAGUUGCAUUUAAAGUAUAAAUUUUUGAAAUAUAACGAUUUAAAAACAAUAUUUUGGGAAAAUGUUUUUCGGCUGAUUCUAGUUAAUGGCACAGAUGAUAGCAUCAGUAACGAGGAUCAGAGCAAUGGCAAUAUUACCAGUACAAGCAAGGCUUCCUUUGAUAUUAUAGAGUUGACGUUAUUAUUGGAGAAAUUGGGUGAUUUUUCUCCACAGGAAAUUGAUCACUUUUUUCAGCUGAAUGGUAAGUCUGCAUGGACUUUUGAAAAGCUAACACGGGAGGAACUAAUUUUUACACUUGUUAAUCAUUCAUGUGAAUCAAAUUUUAGGAAAUUUAAUAGAUGUUUAUUUUGCCAUGAAAAGUGUUUAAAAAUUAGCACCAACAUAAGGAAUUCAAAGUUAAUUACAGAAAAUGAUUUAAUUACGCAUAUGGCUAGGUGUCCUGCAAUUAUAGCUUUAUCAAACUUCAAUUUAUCCUUUACUUCGUUGCCGAAGACAACUGGUGAAAAAAAUAAUGAGACCCUUGAUAAUAUUAAUCUUGAGUAUAAUAAUAAUAAUAAUAAUAAUAAUAACGAUGAUGAUGAUGAGGUUUUAACUUUUGGUAAUAAUGAUCGUGAACAUUAUCAUUAUAAAUACGUCAAUAAUAAUGUUGAUAAUAGUGUUGAUAAAAAUAAUGAUACUAAUGUUAAAAAUAAAAAUGAUGAUAUCACGGCUAAAAAUCUUGUUUCCCCACGUGUGAAUACAAAUCAUAAUCUGCUUAACGUUGAUUAUACCGACUAUAAUCCUAAUGAAUAUAUUAAAAAUUUAAAAUUGUUAAAACCAAGUUUUGUAUCAUCAAGUUUCGCUUCUAAAAAAUGGGUUUCAAGGGUAUUGAUUAAAAUGACUUAUGGCAAAUAUGCAUUAGGGUCAAAUAAUGCAAACAUUUUAGUUCAAGAUAGAGAUACCGGAAUUGUUAUCGAGGAAAAAAUUAGUGCACAUGUUAAAUUAGGAAUAAGAAUUCUAUAUAAUAAAAACAAUAGCAGCACCACAAGUUCAAAAAAAUUCAAAACAUUAUUGAAAAACUUAACUAUUAAACAGGGUAAAAAAUUUGAUGAUCCUGCUUCUACAAAAUACAUUGAUUCUUUUAUUCAGUUUCAUUCUUUGGAUUUAAGUGAAUGUAAAGAAACUAGUUUUAAAACAUUCAAUGAGUUUUUUUAUAGGAAGUUGAAACCGGGAGCCAGAUUGCCGGAAGUUGGAGAUCCAAGAAUUUUGAUAUCACCAGCAGACUCCAGAUGUACUGUUUUUAACACUAUUUCGAAAAGCAAGGAAAUAUGGAUUAAGGGAAGGAAUUUUACCCUAGAAAAUUUAACUAAUGGUUUAAUAAAUAAGUUGUAUCAAUCUAAAAAUUGUUCAGGCAAAAAUACUAAUGUAGACAGAGAGUACAGUAUCGGUAUAUUUAGGUUAGCACCACAAGAUUACCAUAGAUUCCAUUGCCCAUGUGAUGGUAGAAUUGGUAAACCGAAAUAUAUUAAGGGUGAAUAUUAUACAGUCAAUCCAAUGGCCGUUAGGACCGAGUUAGAUGUUUUUGGUGAGAAUGUUAGAUGUAUUAUUCCGAUAGAAUCACCCGAAUUUGGCACGCUUUUAUAUAUUCCAGUGGGUGCAAUGAUGGUAGGAUCUAUUAAGUUGACUUGUAAAGAAGGUGACGAGAUCAAGAGAGGUACCGAAUUGGGUUAUUUUAAAUUUGGCGGAUCAACGGUAUUGGUUGUAAUUCCCAAGAGAAAAGUUAUCUUUGAUAGUGACUUGGUGAAGAAUUCUAUUGAUUCUAUUGAAACACUUGUGAAAGUUGGGAUGAGCGUUGGUCAUACGCCCGGUGUAAAAGAGUUCAAGAGAGAAAGGAGAAAGGUGGAUAGUGUUGAAGAAAUGGAGAAGAUUAGAAGGUCUAUUAGUGUUGUUCUGGAAGAUAAUAUUACUGAUCCAUCUUCCUCGGCACUUUUAUCAAAGAAUUUAACAACACAGGCCACAUCUGAAAAUGAAUCGGCAAAAUCUUCGUCUUCUUCCUUAAAAAAGUUGUUCAAAGGCGGCAAAAGCUCUAGAGUCUCCACCAAUAAAAAUAAAACUGACAACAAUACCGUAAAUGAUUCAAACAAUGGGGGGGAGGAUAAGACUGUACGAAAAUCUGUUUUUGGUGGUACAUGGGAAUAUUUAACACUUACAGAACAAAUAGAUCAAGACAUCAAAAACUUAGCUGAUGGAGAUCCGGAUUUACUCUUGACAUGUCUGCAAGAGGAGGAGACCGCAUGCAAAGCUAUUACUUUGAAUAAAUAA